GGCGUUUGCGGCCCCCCUCCUCCCCGGUUCCCGCCGCCUUUGCGGGUCUUGGCGUUGCGGACCUCCCCGGUGCCCGCCGCCUCUGCGGGUCUUGGCGUUGCGGGUCUUGGUGUUGCGCGCCUCCCCGGUGCCCGCCGCCUCUGCGUGUCGUGGCGUUGCGGGCCUCCCCGGUGCCCGCCGCCUCUGCCGGACUUUGGCGUUCCCGGACCUCGUCGGUGGCCGCCCCCAUCGCAGCUGCGCCUCUCUGAGCCAGCCGUCGGGCUCUGAGGUAGGUCCGAACUUGGCCGUGUGUGCCGGACUAGAAAAGGAAGCGGGGGUUGGCCAUGGCUUUGAGGGUCUAAGAGGAGUCCGGGGCUGAAUAGACAGCAGCGCCGUGAGCCCGCAGCCUUGGGGAGGAGAAGGAACAAUUAGAAGCGUCUGGGGGUUCCUCUGUCGCUGACAGAAUGGCUAAGAGAAAAGAGGACGAUUUCCCUGCGUUUGCAGAUCAGAAAAGAGCAAGGCCAGGGCCAUCGACGCGGCCCGAGUCAGAGUCAGAUUUGGAUUCAGAUGAUGAGAUGGAGUGCCCCUCUCCUCAGGACUCUUCUGCUGAAAGUUCUUCUGAGUCAGAGUCAGGGGAUUUUGGAAUCAUUGAAAGUAUCCAGGUGGAGAACUUUAUGGGCUAUGCCAGGCUUGGACCUGUGAAAUUUGGAGCUAAUGUCAAUUUUGUGGUGGGACACAGUGGGAAGAAUGCAUUGUUAACAGCUCUCAUAGUUGGUCUUGGUGGGAAAUCCUUAGGAUCGUCUUUGAAAGAGUUUGUGAAAGAUGGAGAGGAUUCAGCCACCAUCUCAAUCAAAUUAAGGAACAGAGGGCAAGAUGCUUUUAAGUCUGAGGUUUAUGGGGACUCAAUAACUGUGCACCAAUACAUCAGUGUAGAUGGGAGUGCAAGUUAUGAACUAAAAGACCAAGUAGGAAACCUGGUUUCUUCUAAGAAAGAAGAGCUUAUUGCCAUUCUUGAUCAUUUUAAGAUACAGGUGGAUAAUCCAAUGUCUGUUUUACCACAAAAGAUGAGCAGACAGUUAUUGAGGAUCACAAAUGAAAGUGACAGAUACAAAUUGUUUAUGGAAGCAACUGAGCUUGAACAGAUGAGAGAAGGUUAUGCAAAAAUUUUGGCAAGAAAGGCCAGAAGCCAGCAAGAGAUACAACAAGGAGAAGAGCAGCUUGAGGAGCUCAGACGUCAGGGUGUAGAGAUAGAAGAGCAUUUUCAGACUAUGGUUGCUUUGGAUCAGAAAUUAAAGAACUUAAAGCAUGAGAAAACUUGGGCACUGGUGAAUGAAACUGAAAGAACAAUUAGUAAUAUGAUAAGUGAUAUAAAUGUUGAAGACCAACAUACUGUCAUAUUAAAUCAUGACCUGGAGGUUUCAAAAGUCACAUAUAAUGAAACAUUACAGAGGUAUAUAGCCAUUCAUGAGAAUGUGGUAAAGUUAAAUGAAGAAGCUGCUGAAUUGGAGCCCAAGUGCCUUGAGGCAAAAGAAAUUGCUAAGAGAACAGACAGGGCCUACCGUCAAGCAACAGCUUUCUAUAAUUAUUCCCAAAGUGAACUGACUAAAUUAGACAAAGUUUCAGAGCAGCUUCAUGACAAAAUUGUAGACCUAAGAAAGAGUCUGGAACUAGCAGAAUUAGAAAAACAGAAAAAAAUUUCCACAUUAAGGGAAAAGAUACAUAACUUUAAGGAUCAGGAAGAUUCACUUGUUCAAGAAAUAAAAUAUCUUCAUCAAUCCAUAGAAAAAGAUGAUGAAGAGCAUUCUAGAAUUAGAGAAGAAGAGGCAUUUGUGCAGGAAAUGCUGAAUGAGGAGCAAGAACAACUAAACCAUUUGAAAGACUAUAAAACUGACCCACUAAAACGAUUUGGUCCCCAGAUUCCACCCCUUGUUGAAGCAAUAGAAGAUGCCUUCAAACAAGGAUACUUUACCCACAAACCACUAGGUCCACUAGGAGCUUGCAUUCGUCUCCGGUACCCUGAAUAUGCUUUGGCUAUUGAGUCCUGCCUAAAAGGCCUUCUUCUUGAUUUCUUUUGUGACAACCACAAAGAUGAGCAAGUCCUUCAGGAGCUGCUGAAAAGGUUUUAUCCAACUACCUGUUCUGAUCGACCACAGGUAAUUGUGUCAUCAUUUCAGUGUGAGUUGUAUGAUUUAACAGACAGAGCAGCUUGUCACCCAGAGUAUCCAACAGUUCUCUCAGCUUUAGAAAUAGAUCAUGCAGUGGUGGCCAAUACUUUGGUUGACUUGAGGAGCAUAGAGUCUGUACUCCUUGUUAGAAGUGGCUCUUUUGCUAGUAUGCAUGCACAGGGACGUCCCAAGAACUGUACCAAAAUUCUGACUUCUUGUGGUGACCAAGUUUUUGAGGGACGCUAUUACUCCUGUGAAGAUUUGAGACCUAUUUACUUAGGUGACAUGGAAGGAGAAAUAAAUCAUUUGGAGAAACAAGUGGAAAGUAAAAUGACAAAGUUGUCUGAAUUUCAAGAACAAGUAAAUUCACUUCAAAAUGAUAUUAAGAAGAAUCGAGAAACUAUUGACAGUCAUUAUCGACACUUAAGAGAAAUAAAGGUUAAAGUAAUUAACAUCUCUUCAGAAAUAAAAGAUCUUGAGGAUGAAGAAGAAAACCAGUCAAUAGAUCUCUCAGUUCUGGAAGAUGAAGCUGAAGAAAUUAAAGAAGAGAUAAAAGAAGUUGAGGAAAAGAUGAAAAAUAGAAAGGAAACUAUGGAGAAUUUAAGGCAACCCAAAAUAGAUGCUGAACAGAGACAUGAGGAGUUUAAGUUGAAAUGUAGUCAAGUUUCAGAAUUAGUAGAAUCCCUUAUGGAAGAACGAAACCAAACUGGUUUAGAAGUGUCUGCCCAGCACCAAUCUGUGCUGCAUUAUCAAAAUAGGCUCAAGCACCAUGUAGAUUCUCUCCAAGUGAUAAAAGAAGAGCUGGCAAUGAAAGAGAGAGAACUGGAGAGGGAGAUGGCUCAGGCUAACUACCUCUGUCCUGAGCGUAUAGCAGUUACAAGAGCUUCUGAUGUUCUUGACAGAGAAAUUGAUUUAUUAACCCAGAGGAUACAGUCAGAAAACUACACUCACAGAAGGAGAGAAGAUAUAACAAGGCAGUACCAACAAGCAAAAGAAAAAUAUCUGGAUAUUAAUGGUAGAGUGAAUAAUUUGAAAAGCCUCAUUGAAACACUGGAUGAAAUAUUGGUACAGAGAUAUGAUACUUACCAGAAAAGCAGAAGAAAUCUUUCUUUACAGUGCAAGUUGUUCUUUGACAGCUUGAUGUCUCACUGGUCCUUCUGUGGAGAGAUGCGCUUUAAUCACAAGAAUGAGACCCUUUCUAUAACAGUCCAACCUGGAGAGGCUGAUGGCAGUGACAUGGGAGGCUUAUCAGCAAACAGACACUCUUUUUCAAACUUUUUAUUUAUUCUUACUCUAUGGUCUGUCACAGAAUCUCCCUUCAGAUGCCUAGAUACAGUUGAUAUCUACAUGGACAGGAAAAGUAGAAAAAUUGCCAUGGAAAUGAUCGUCUGGAUAGCAGCACAUUCCUACCAAAACCACCAAGUCAUCCUGCUCAGUCCACAAUACCUGAGCUCUUUUCCCUCAAGUCCACUUGUUGAAGUCCUCGAAAUGCCAGACCUUGAAAGUGAAGAGAAAACCCUGCCUUUCGAAUCAGUCAAUCCAAAAGAAAACUGAAUUUUUAGUUUCAUGUGAUUGU